UAGCAUUUCUUUAGCACUGCGAGGAAGGUCUCUGAAUCAAACCAUUGUUCGAGCACAUAGGUCUCUUUUUGGUUGAAAUAUUAGCCAUUCUUGUCCUAGUUCAAUGGGACUAUAAAUAGCAGGAACACAUUGUACAAAGCAAGCCGUUUGUAGCAUUUGUUGGCUCAUACUUUUCUCGCAGAUGAAUGUGAUACGCCAGACGCAGACAGCUAAAGCUGUGCAGAUUCACUCCGACCAGGCAUUAUCCGACCGUGUGAUUUCAGGUCGCAGCCGCAUGAGAAAAGGCUGCACGACUUUCCAAAAAAGACGCAUAACGCAAGAGUGCGGAUAACGUAAUUCCGAGUCUGAAGAAUAUAAAGCAACCUUUUACCCUCAAAUCAGUAAUUUUGUAGUUCAUAUCGGGAACAAUAUUUUAGAUAUCAACAAUUCUCAAUAUAUUUUUUUUAUAUCACAAAAAAAUUCUUGCUAUCAAAAAUAGUAACUUAUAUUUUGAUAUAUGAAAUGUAAAGUUUUUAAUAACAACAUGCAGAACGGUUCAUAUCGGAAAUUGAUAACUACAGGUUGGUUUAUACUUCCGACUGCGACCCGAGUUUUGGUCUCCAGUCAGUGGUCUCCUAUCCUUCUGGUGCACCCGUAGACGUGUCUGCGUUGAUGCAUGGCUUUUGUCUGCGUUGAAGUAUAAUUCUUGCGUGUCUCAGCAGCUCGCUCGCUUUGCAAUCCUGUCCUCUCCAAAGCGGACAGGCACGCUCUGCCGGGAGGGGUAGUGACGUCACAGCAACGGAAGUCUGUUUACCAAUUCAAAAUGGCGUCCUCAAUCAGGAAGUGAAGAAAAUAAUCCGAAGGGAAAAAAAACACAAAUAAAUCCACGAUUCGAACAAGUAAACCUGUUUUUAUCAACGAGGACGCGUUUCGAAGGAGACCAGGAGCACUACCAGCUACGUUUUAUAAAGGUCAUGGGUGGCAAGAAGCCUGUCUAGAUAAAGACUUCAUUAUCCCUUUGGAAGGCCCUCACUCAGCCGCGAUGCAUCGGACAGCCUAAUGCUCUUGGUCUCUACACAUCCUGUCAUGGACGGGGAGAAUUACCUGCACCCAGAGGGACCCCUACUAGACAGCCCGAUGUUCAGCCUGUCAAACCCUUCACUUCUCCCCACAGCAAUGGAGAACCAUAUGUCUCCAUCUAGUUCGUGGGCCACGUUCUCCUCACAUCAGGCUACAUAUAACUUGCACUACCCUAUGCAAUCUGGAAACCAGCAAUAUUUUAAUACCACUUCAGAGAUGCCCAUGGAAACGUUCAGUCCGCACCAUUUCCAAGACGGGGAUUUAAACCUCACCAGCCAUGUGAGAAAUGGAGACUUUUCUCAGGACCUUUCGUACUUCGAGGAAUUAUCCAACAACUCCCUGUUCUCUUCACCCACCGACUCCCUGUCUGAGUACGCCGAUAACCAAGGCUUCCUCAACUCAGACAGCCUGAACCAAGUGCCAACGAUAUGGGACGUGAGCACGCCGUCGCAGCCCCCAGAGCUGAACCCCAGCAGGUUUCAAGGUAUAAACAGUUUGGAAGAACUCUCUGCCAUCAUCAACGCUCCUCCUCUCGGAGGCUACCAGAUACCCCCCCAGCCGAUAGUGGAGGAGGAAGAGGAGGUUGACAAUGAAGAGGCCGAGGAAAUGGGACACGCAGAGACCUACGCAGACUACAAACCAUCCAAAUCUACGAUAGGAAACUCUCACCCAGAUAUCGUGGUUGAAACAAGCACAUUAUCCAGUGUACCCCCUCCGAAUAUUACAUAUACUGUCUCCAUCCCUGACAGUACAAUAAACAACGGGCUACUGUCUGCACUGCAGCUGGAGGCUAUCAUAUAUUCAUGCCAGCAACAUGAGGUGAUUUUGCAGAAUGGGCAGAGAGCAGGCUUUCUGGUGGGGGACGGAGCCGGCGUGGGCAAGGGCAGGACCGUGGCAGGCAUUAUUCUCGAAAAUUACUUAAACGGAAGAAAGAAAGCACUGUGGUUCAGUGUCUCCAAUGAUCUAAAGUACGACGCAGAGCGAGAUCUCAAAGAUAUUGAUGCUCCAAAUAUCCCUGUGCAUGCCUUAAACAAGAUUAAAUACGGUGACACAGCUACCUCAGAAGGAGUGCUGUUUGCGACAUACUCUGCACUGAUUGGAGAGAGCCAGGCAGGGGGGCAGCACAGAACAAGACUAAAACAGAUCCUGGACUGGUGUGGGGAGCGAUUUGACGGAGUCAUUGUGUUUGACGAGUGUCAUAAAGCCAAAAACGCCACGUCGACGAAAAUGGGCAAGGCUGUUCUGGACCUUCAAAACAAGCUUCCUUUAGCAAGGGUGGUCUAUGCCAGUGCCACAGGUGCCUCUGAGCCAAAGAACAUGAUCUACAUGAGUCGACUGGGGAUCUGGGGGGAUGGCACCCCCUUCAGGACGUUCGAGGACUUCCUUCACACCAUUGAAAAAAGGGGUGUGGGUGCGAUGGAGAUCGUAGCCAUGGAUAUGAAAGUGAGCGGGAUGUACAUCGCCCGGCAGCUCAGCUUCGCUGGCGUCUCCUUCCGGGUAGAGGAGAUCAGCCUGGACAAAGAAUACAUGUUGGUCUACAACAAAGCAGCACGUCUGUGGGCUGAAGCCCUGGCUGUGUUCCAGCGAGCUGCUGACCUGCUGGGGUUGGAAUCGCGGAAGUCCCUGUGGGGCCAGUUCUGGUCGGCACACCAGCGAUUCUUUAAAUACCUCUGCAUAGCAGCCAAGGUGCGCCGCCUGGUGGAGCUGGCAAACAAGGAGCUGGCUGACGGCAAGUGCAUCGUGAUCGGUCUGCAGUCCACUGGGGAAGCUCGAACCCGCGAGGUCCUGGAUGAAAAUGACGGGCGCCUGAACCGAUUCGUGUCUGCGGCAGAGGGAGUGUUUCAGUCGCUGGUACAGAAGCAUUUUCCAACUGAGAAAAGGAAAAGGGAGAAGGGGCCGGCAAAUAAAAGGAAACGUAAACCCAAGGGGCGGCAGACGAAGUUCCUGAAGCACUGCACUGAGAUUGGGGGUGUGAUCAACAUCAGCGAUGACAGCAGCACGGAGUCUGACGUCAUGGACAGUGACUCUAACUCCUCCCCCGACUCCCUCCACGACAACGAUGAUGUCAUUUUUGUCGACCACAUUAACUGUUAUGCUGCAAAACUACAAGAAAUGAAGCAAGACCUUCUGAAUAAGAUUGCAGUGCUGGGACAAGAACUACCUCUGAAUACCCUGGAUGCGUUGAUAGACAAGUUAGGCGGACCCGAAGGUGUGGCGGAGAUGACCGGGCGGAAGGGCCGUGUGGUGCGGAUGCCGGACGGCAGCGUGCGCUACGAGUCUCGAGCAGAGCAGGGCCUGUCCAUCGACCACGUGAAUAUCAAGGAGAAGGAGCGCUUCAUGUCAGGAGAGAAAUUUGUAGCAAUAAUCUCGGAAGCAGCCAGCUCUGGGAUCUCAUUACAGGCUGACAGGCGGAUAAAGAAUCAAAGGCGGAGGGUCCACAUGACCCUGGAGCUGCCCUGGAGCGCAGACCGAGCCAUUCAGCAGUUCGGUCGGACUCACCGCUCCAAUCAGAUCAAUGCCCCCGAGUAUAUCUUUCUGAUCUCCGAGCUGGCGGGGGAGAGGAGAUUUGCGUCCAUCGUCGCCAAGCGGCUGGAAAGUCUGGGUGCCUUAACCCACGGAGACAGAAGGGCGACGGAGUCGCGAGACCUGAGCAAGUACAACUUUGAAAACAAGUAUGGUACCAGGGCUUUGGAUAAGAUUAUUAAAGCCAUUAUGGGGCAGAUUGAGAGCAAGGUGCCGACUCCUAAAGGUUAUCCCGGUGGAGACGCCAUGUUCUUUAGAGACAUGAAGCGUGGACUGAUGGACGUGGGAAUUUUCUGCAGAGAACCCCGAUUUGGAGUCGGCGUCGAGAAAGACUGUAGCAUCACAAAGUUCCUGAACCGCAUCCUUGGCCUGGAAGUUUACAAGCAGAACUCCCUCUUUCAGUACUUCACUGACAACUUUGACUACCUGAUCGAGAAGGACAAGAAAGAGGGCAAAUACGACCUGGGAAUCCUGGACUUGGCACCAGGGAACGAUGAGAUCUACGAGGAAACCCAGGAAAAGUUCCUCACUCCAGGAAACCCUCAGGACGGGCAGGUGGUACUCUAUAAGAUCACCGUGGAUCGAGGCAUGAAGUGGGAAGAAGCCUUGAGCAAAUUCGAAAAGCUGACCGGACCUGAUGAUGGCUUCUAUCUCUCAUACAAGUUGAGGGGAACUUACCCCAACGCGCUCCUGGCAGAACAAGGCCGGGGGAAAAACUUCAACCUGUACAAAGCGAACAUCGGGAAGCAGGUCCAGCAUGAGAGCUUGGACAACCUCUUCAAGAGGUACCGCAAGGUGAGCCCAGAAGAAGCCAAAGAUGCCUGGGAAAGUCAGUACAGUUUCUCCCGCCGGAAGUGCAGCCACGCCACUUGGAACGGGGAGUGCAAGCUGAUCCGAGAGGGGAAGGAGUGCUGGCAGGGCAUGCGGCUGCGGCAGUACUACAUGCUGUGCGGGGCGCUGCUGCGCGUCUGGAAGAAAGUGGCCGACGCGGUUUCUGACAUCACCAGCUCCAGCAUCCUGCAGAUCGUCCGACUGAAGACCAAGCAGCACACCAAGCAAGUCGGUAUCAAGAUCCCGGAGAGCUGCAUCGCCCGUGUGCGGGAAGAGCUGACUCAGAUGAACGAGGCGUUGAGGAGGAAAAUCGAGGAGCGCCAGGAGAAGGCCCGUCGGGAGGAGAGGGAGCUGCUGGAGAAGGACUUCCUGGAGAAACUCUACGCUGCUAAUGCCAGUGUCUCCGACUCCCGCGCCACCUCCACCCAGCCCCUCGACCUCUCUCUAACCCAGCCCAUGGUCCUCCACAACCACUACAGCCACAGCCUGGACGUCCUGGACCUCACCAUCAGCCCCAUCCCUCUUCAGGACAGCAGUGCGGGGCUGGGGCUCGAACCCACCAAGGGCAGCGGCUCCUCCAGCUCCGGAAGCACCGCCCCGCAGGGAGAGUUCAGCCUGGAGUCUCUCAUCACGCAGCCCCAGCAGCAGCAGUUGCAGUCAAGCCAAGUCGGCCUCCCGUCUUUGAUCACGCAAAACUUUCCAGGCUUCUCUCUUGAUUCCACCCUGGGCCUCCCUCAGUCUUACCAACUACCCAGCCAGCUGGCUAUCACUGACAGUGCCGCUGCCCCUGCCGCUGCCCCUGCUGCUGCCCCUGGUUCUGCUUCUUCCUCUGCUUCAUUGUCAUUAUCAUCAUCUUCACAGCAGCAGCAGCCAGGCUUCUUGCAGACUCCCCAGCUGUCCAACGGGCAAAGCGAAUUGGACGCCAUCAACUUCCGCGAGGUUUUAGAUAAUAUGUUUCGGACCACCCAGGAAAACCAGCGUCAGUCUGUCAUUCAGUACGGGUUGAUGCCUUUCUGGGAUGACGAUUAAUGCACAGCCCCCCCCCCCCCACCCCCCCCUCCCUCCCUGGUCUGCAACGGUACCACGCUUCAGAUUCACAGCUCAGGCAGGGUUUCCAUGCCUGCCGCUUUGGUUUUUGUAACCUUUUUAAUGUUUGUUUUUUUUAAAAGGCUCUCGGAUAUUGCUGUUUUAACUGCACCACCAAAAUGGAAAAAAAAAAAAAAAAAAAGAUGAAAGGGUCUCCUGUUAUUUUUCAAUGGGAGGAUUUUGUCUUUGGAAAAAAAAAAAAGAGAUUUUGAUUUUAUUUAUAUACUAUAAAUAUAUAUAUAAAGAUAUAUAUGAGACAAGUCAAACCAUUUUGUUUCCAUAUAGCAGCUGUUUAUUCUCUGUUUGUUUGUUUGUUUGUUUAUUUGUUUCUUUUUCAAUGAGAACUCAUCCUAAUGCUUCAGUAGCAGGACACCUUAGUCUCCCCCAACAGUUUCAGUUGGAUUUUGCAUUUAUUUAUAUUAUUUAUUUUAACCACGGAAAAACCUGCGAAGCUUCAUGAAUUGAUGCUCCUCCAUUUUUUUUUCUUUUUUUAGUUUUGUGAUACCCAACUACUAAUACCCAGCAGGGAAUCUGUGUGUCUAGACUUACCUGACCUGGCUGCUGCCUAACUGCCACACUUGAUGCGGUCAUCCCUCCAGCCAUCCCAGCGUUUAUAGAACAGACGAGGUUUCCUGCGUAUUCCAUUCAGUAUUUCCCACUUUACACUUUGUGAAAUCCGAAUAGAACUGGAGUUCACAUUGGAAUAUGGAAAACGCAGUCAUGUCAUCUAAACUGUGAAGACGUCCCAUCUCAGCAUCGGACAAGCAGGACUGUACAGAGCAGAGUAUACAUCGUUGCAGCGACACUCAGAGCUGGUCUAUCCACAGAUGGAAAGAGCAAAAAAAAAAAAAAAAAAACUAAAAGAAAUAAAGUUUUAUAUUUUCAAAUUUUAAAAAGUGGUGUUUUAGGGCAAAGGAAUUUUCUGGUUUGGUUUUAAAGUAAUUUGAAUUAGGCCAAUAGAAAUUUUUUAAAAAGUAAUUUGGUGUGUAUCAAGUUUUUAAUUUCUUUCUUUUAUUGAGCGUGCUACUUUUGUACCUUGUUUCUGUAGUUGGUAUCGCCCAGCCCAGCACACCCACCACCCCCCACCUCCCACCCCUAGUUUACAUCGCUGCAUCGCCCCUAGCUGUCUGCGUCUGCUAUUGCAGCACAUGUUAAAGGAUAAAUAGCCAUAUGCACAGUUCUUUGUAUAGGAUGCUUACCUGACAAAUAGUUUCUUUGCAAAAGUAAUUUGCUUACAUCUCUCUCAUGUGUAGACUAAAAUAGGGUGAAACUUCAUACAACAGAUAUGUAUGAAAAAAAAUUAAAAAAAAAAAGUUAACAUUCCUAAUACAAACUUCAGCUGCAGUGAUGAAAUUUUAAGUUGUGGAAAAAUUUUCAUUUGAAGCUGAAGCCAAGGUAGGGGGGAGUCUAAAGACCAGUAUUACAAUCUUACAUUAAACACAAGCAUGCAUGCAGAUGUUUUGGGACAGCAGCUUUGAAAUUGUACAUAUUGAAUAUGAUUAUUUUUAUUUUUUUUUCCCGUAAGGGGAUGGGUGGAGAUGUUUGUUUUAAUUUAAUGUCCUCAAACCUCAAUGAUCUCCAUUUUAUCUGCAACUUGUUGUAAUCUGGUGUGUUUGUUAAACCGAAUGCAUAUCCUCCUUCUUACGAGAUAGCAAGCCGAUUUCAAGCCAUGUGAAUGCUGUAACUUUCCCAGGGGUUGGAUAAAUGUGAACGUGACCUGCUUUAAAACAGUGCCUUUGGAACAUGCAAAGAAAUGCAGUCUGUAUUGUAUAUGUAUAUUGUGUUUUGCUGUUCAGUGAAAGCAGUUGUAUUUUAUUUAUUAAAAUGAUUAAUAACAGGCUCCCAAUGACCCACCCUUCUGGACAGUACAUACUAUAAACUUGACUAUAGCCAUUGCGGCGAGAUAUUUUAGGGAUCUAUGACGCUGUGGCUUAUAGCUGUCAUUCUGAGUAAGAAGUCAGACACCCAAGUAACAGGCUUCCAUUAACCCUUCCAAAACCUCCGAACUGCUUCAAAUGAUUCAGUAAUGACUCACACAAAUCCUUGGCGAUGUAGUUGAUCUCUUUGCUUAACUGACAGGUUGUGACUCUGGUCUCAACUAAGCACCACUAAAGAGAGCAAUGCACUGUAGCCUCGCCUCCUGAAUGUAUGAUUCUGCUGGAGCCAGAAUGAUACUGGUUAAUUUAACAAAAAUAAUAAUAAUAAUAAUAAUAAUAAUAAUAAUAAUAAUAAUAAUAAAUGACUGAGGGGAGUUUGUGCUCCUCUGUUUAAAUCCAGGGGACUGCAAGCAACCGAUUAAAAGGGAUAGUUUGAACCCUGAGUUUGCACUGCCCCCUGGUGUAAUUAAACAGUACAACAAGAUUGAAUGCAUUGAAUCGGCACAGCAUGUUUUGCAGAGGUCUUGAAGUUUGUUAAUGGAAGCUCUGCUUUUAGGGUUAAUAGCUCUUUCCUCUUGUUAAACCUAAACAAAUAUACAUACACCUUGUUUAGCAAUAAAAUGAACACAUACAGAGAUGCAAAUGAACCACAUUUUAUCCAACUUUAAAAAAAUUAGUAAAUAAACCUCCUCCCUCCCUUUUUUAUAAACUUUGAAACAAGCAAUUUUAAACAGAAUCGACCUGCUGCAUUAACAAAAUAACUUUAUAUAGUAACAAAAAAAAAAAGCUAUGGGUCUUUUUUUUUUUUACACAGAAAAUGAAGACUUGUCCUGUAUUUACGUAAAAUGGGUUAGAAGCAAUGUAUUAUAUUAUAGAUUGUUGUUGUUGUUAUUAUUGUUAUUAUUAUUAUUUAUAUUUAAGGGACUUCUUAGUGGAAAUUGUUUUCUAUUCUGUAGUUAAAAUGUUAUGUCAGGGACUUUUCUAGAAAAAGAAAUACAUUUUAAAAAUAAUUGUAACCUGCCACCAAAUAUAUUGCACUGUUCUGUACUGGUGUACAGAAACGCUGUAUUAAUUUCUCUUUCCUGUUCUUGUAUUUUGAUUAUUAAAAUUAUUAUAAAUACUUUGUGUCCAUAUAGGGCUGUACAGUAUGGAGCUAUACCAAAGUAUUCAGCACCUGAAGUUACCUGGUAUAUUAAAAACUAUCCUUUAUCUCAGGAAUAAAAUUUCUUACAAAAAAAGAAAAAAAAAAAUCUAAAAACAGCGUGGAGGUCAUCCGUGAAGAGGGCUGAAUGAAUGUUCAGCAUUGUGAAUGAAAGAAAAAUACAUGAAUACUGUGUCUUUCUCAAUGUCAAGACUUGAUUUUUAAAAAAAGUAUACAAAUCCUGGGGUUCUAUUUGUUCUUUUUUUUUUACAAUGUUCAGCAGUACUGAAAUAAAACAGAAAUAAAAUGAGACAAACCUUUCAACGAGAAUUGGGUCACUGACACAAAAGAAGCUAUUGGGCAACUAUUUGUCUAAAUGUCGUUGCUGCGUGUUUUUCUGUUUCUUUCUUCAGUACUGCUGUAUGAUUGCGUGUUUAACGUUAUUGAUGUUAUUCAAUGUUUGGUAAAAUAUCUCAAAUGUUUAUGCAUUCUUAGUGUUGGCAGGGGGGGGGGUCGCUUUUAUAAAGAAGAGUAUGUUUAAGUAUUAAUUUAGUUUUACGAUGAAUUGCAAGUGGUUACAUUUAAAGAGCGCAUUUGCAAUUGCUGAAGGGUAGAAGACCUCUUGCAGUUAAAAUGCUGCAUAAUUGAGAAGGGAAAGAAAAUCAAUUCAGCCUUCCAACCCCUAAACGAUUUAACGCCAUGCAGCUCAUUUUAAUGAAUUCAUUUAUUAGCUACAAUUUGAAUUACAUUACAGUUCCAGAAGCAAUAUCCUGUCUGGUUAGUUUACAAUGCAAUGAAUUGUCAUCGCUGGAAUGCAACAGGUUGGGGUAGGACAAGUGAACUACAAGCUUGUGAACCCUUGUUGUACAGAUGACUAGUCCCUUAAUUUAUAUUUCUGUGAACACAGAGAAAAUCGUGCUUUUUUUUUUUUUUCUUUCAGUUGCAUUCGUGUUCCAUUUGUUGCUUAAUAAACAAGUCCUCCACAUCUGUAUAUUUAUAUUUUCAAAUCUGAAAUACUGCAGUAGCACCGUAUCAAGUUUUUCAGGAAAAAUAAAAAAAAAUCUCCUCCAGUAAGCUCCCUACCACUUUUAUUACAUAUCCUCAUUAUUCUAAGUUUAGAUUUUAAUAUUUAGUUUACCAAGAAUGGCAUAAACUUACAAUUUGAAAAACAAAAAAGUGCAUCGUUUUGUUUCUAAGUUUGUGUGUUAUAUAUAUAUAUAUACACACACACACACACAUAACCUGACAGUUCCCCGACAUGGGUGGAUAAAAUCACGUGAAAAUAAACUUAAAAAAAAAAAAAAAAAA